UGAGCUGAGUGGUGUCAGUGUUUGUCGACCUCGGAGCAGAAUGGCUGCAGUCACAGAGCUCUCCUUCCUGCUGUUUGCUCUCAUCAACAACAUCCAUGCAGAAGAACGGAUCAUCAUCCAAAAGGAAAGAGGCUCUUACACCUUCAAGCUCCCCAAGAACACCAACUCCUGCCUGAUCUCCAGAUCUGUUGGUGAGGAGAAGCUUGUCCUGUGGAACACCUCUGACCUCUGGUCCAACAGCUCCUCAGUACCCAAACACUUGAAAAAACGACUUGUCAGCAGGGUGAAAACUUCUUCUUACACCAUCCGCCGCUUGAACCAUUCAGACUCUGGCCGGUACCAAGAGGAGUGUUGGACUGAGGGCAACGUGACGCAUGAGAACAACAUUACUAUUACUGUUUGUACUUCAAUAGGUUGGAGCGCGAGAGGUAUCACAGCAAGACUAGGAGAAACAGUGGACGUGCCAUGUUGGGGAGCAGCUGAUAAUCUGGAUAUCCAGUGGCUCAAACAGGACUUAAAAUAUGAACAAGAAACAUGGAGCAGAGUUUUUGGGGACAAUAUGACAUCAGUGAUGGACAAUGUUAGAGGAAGAUACCAAGUGGUGACAAACACAUCAGCUCUUCGUGUUUCCAACGUCACAGCAACAGACUUUACAGGGUACAACUGUCUGGUGAUGCACCAACAGCAGUGUGUUAGCAGUUACCCUGAAGAGUUGAGACUACAGUCUGAGACAACCUACCACUCAGUGGGAGAGACCGCUGUGUUGCCGUGCACUAUCACUGACUCCACUGAUGAACAGCCCCCACGUUGGAUGAAGUUUAUUAUAUUUUUAAAGAGUACCUUUGGUUUUUUGUUAACCUGGACCCUAUGUUCUCAUGUUUUUGUGUCUGAGUGA